ACUGCUUCGUCGCCGAUGCAUUUCUGCAGCCACCAGCUACGCACAGCACCCGAUGACAUUCUACGCCGUUGACCGCAUCAUUGCUCGCACGAAAAAAGGGUACCUCGUCAAGUGGCACGGGUAUCCAAAGUGGGCCUGCACGUUCGAGCCUGAGGAGAAUCUGAACGCGGUCUGCCUCAAAGCCCUCGUCGAGCAACCGAAACCCAGUGACGAUCGUGUACAGUCAUCAGCCAACAAGUUCCUCCUUGAAGUCCAAACGAAGUUGUCCAACCCCAGAAGGUCCAACGGCCUGAUCAAGGUGGACUUCGAUUUGGACAUAUUCCGCUGGGUGUUUGACAACAAAGGGAAACCCAUCACGAAGGGCUGAAUCCUCUGCGAGGAAGUUGACUUCGAACGGCUGUCCCUUCCACCGGGCUGGUGGAAAAGGCUUGGCAAGAACAACGAGGAAGGCGUGGAAGUUGAGUUUCCUGUGAGGGUCAAGUCGGCACUCAGGCUCAAGAAAAGCCCAGGUAUUUCUUCCAAUGAAUUACCUGUAGAGACCCUUCGCAUGUAUUUUGUUACGCGGGGUAUUUCUACGCUCUGCAAUGGAGUGGCAUGAGCAAGCGACUGCGACAGUACAGGACGGUCGCAUCGUCCUUUCUUUGACAGGGCGUGCCGUUAUUGCACUCCAGAAGGAAACACUCAGCAGCCCUCUAUCGUACUAUGAUAUUGUCAGUGUCAAAUUGUUACCUAACGAUGUAACGGUUAGCCAAAAUGCAGCGGAUGCCAACGAGAAAAUCCGUCUCUUCUGUUCGAGAAUUGCUGCACAGAGCAGAAAAAUAGGAAGGGGGCGUCCUUACACUAAUUUCCUUUCAAAGACUUUUCGUGUCUGGUUACCCAUAGAUUCCGCAGUACCAAAAGCUCAAGAGCAGCUUGAAGUAGAGUUGUUGGAAAGAAUAAACGGAUAUCUUUCACAGCAGCUAUCGCAACUUGAAGACGAGCUUUGUGCGACAGUGGAACAAAACACAGAACUGCGAAGUUCGCUGUCCACCUUAAGGGCCGAGAUAGCUGAGCUAAAAAAUUCACCCCAUGAAGCGCCACUUGCGCAUGUGUCCCGAUAUGCACCCCCCUCGCCAUCCGCGAGUGAUUCACCUUACAACGGCGGAGGUAAAAUCGGUGAAGGAAGCACAAGAACAGACCGUAGACAGCUUGCUAAAUGUGGAGGAAAAAUGCAAACGAUACUAGAUGAUCUGCUUUCUCAGUACGGCCUCUCACUCCAAGAUAUCAUACUCGAAGACAUUAAAGGCAUCGAGCACAAGCUCACCUUCUCAGAAAGUAAAGUAUCAGUGUCUCGAGAUAUCAAGAAAUCUUACCGGGGACAGAAAGUAGGGAAGCUUUCCGAUCUCGACCCCGCUGACAGGGAUCUAAUCGGAGAUAUUACCGCACUACUGGACGAUCAUUACGUGAGUAAUGUGUUUUGGCAAGAGCUUUCCCAUCGCUUGCAAGGUCUCCCAUCCCUCAAGCUUAUUAAUGAAUAUCGCGAAAGUGUAAACAAUCUCAUAGAAGUGGCAGAAACACCAGGGCAAUGUGUCGGAUCACAGGUCUCUUUCGUAGAAGACUUAAAACACGCAAUACUUGAAAAAUGCAAGAAGGAACGCAAAACGGUAGAGGAAAUCAGCAGAUCAGGCACGCUUACAGUGAAACUAGAAGGAGACGGUAGCCGCAUCAGCAAAAAGGCGUCGUGGACAAUUUUAUCCUAUGUAGUGCUCGAAUGCACAGGUAAUCCACAAGGUCACAAAAAACAUCGCAUCCUAGCGCUAGCAGACAUACCAGAAAACUAUUUCAUGCUAAGAAUGGCAUUCGCAAAUGUCAUUUCGGAAGUAAAUGAGCUUGUGAAAACCACCGGCAUGAACAUUGACAACGUGUUUGUACCACUGAAUGUUUGUCUCGGAGCAGACUUAAAGUUUCUCCUAACAGUAUUAGGGAUGCAGUCUGACUUCUCAGCUUUUCCGUGUCCAUUUUGCACGGCUUCUCAAACUCAGCGGGGGGAUUAUCGCGAGCCUGUGCACGUUUUUAACGAGCCCCCUCUCGCGCGUACCCUGAAAACCAUGGAGAACGAUUGCGACCACUUACGAAAUGGGGUACAGUUUGUGCCCUUACUAAACAUUGAGCCUUACAACAUAGUUCCCGACGUCCUUCAUAUGAGGAUGAGAGUGUUCGACAGACUUUUUGAUAAUGUCCUAAAGGAGUUCCAAGACAUGGACACCAAACUAAGUGUGCAAACAGGGUCCCGAGAAGAGAAAUAUGUCGAAGCAUUCAAAACCAUUGUAGGUGAAUGCGGUGUCCGGGUUUACAUCUCUGCGGAGAACGAAGGGCAGAAUGGAAAAGAAAGGGGUUGACGCAACCAUAUUGUUAGAAAAACUACCGGAUAGGCUGAGAGGCCGCCUGCACUCGGACACGGAAACCAGGGUGCUAAAGCUAUGGGAAACAUUAAGUGAACUGCUUAAUGUGUUCGAAAGAGAUACGACAGGUAUGAAUGUGCAGAGUCAAGCAACUGAGUUCCUCCGACUGUUUGUUGAACUCGGAAGCACUGCAAGAAAGGGGUACGGUGCAAAGUACGGUACCCCUUACAUACAUAUUUUAACCCAUCACGCCGCUAAUAAGCACUCAAAAUUCAGCUGUCUGGGUUGGUUUUCCAGCCAAGCCAUGGAAAAAAAAAAUGAUGUCCUGAAAAGGGUUCAUCACCAAAAACCAAAUAAAUGGGACGCUGCAAGAGACGCGCUGAAACUUGCCAAACGCGCAGAAAAUCUUCACUACGAGAGAGAGCGACGAGUGUAUAAAAAAACUGAUAAGGAAUACUGGCAAGAGGGCGGUAUAGUGGCGUCCAGAACAAAGAGACAGCGGCCGACUAGCACAGAAAUAGCAGCCAGAAAUUUCGAUGUAGACAGCAUGAGUCCAGGGGAAAUUAGGACAGAACUCAGGGCGUUGGGAAUUAAGACCUCAGCAAAAUCUAGCUCUGCACUCCGUAAAAUGCUUCGGAGCGCACUGCAGUCGCAGAACUAGUCGCGGGGUCAAGUGUACAAAGUCCUGAAGCAGACAUCCCACUCUGUGUUCAAGAUGUUUUGCAGUGUUAUUCGAAUGACUGUGUUUGUGUGCAUUUAACUUAUGUAUAUGUGUUGUGCUUUCGUAUAUUGGUUCUGCGCCAUUGAUUUC